GCCGUUUGUAUCAAACUUCACAGCACGGAUUCAGCCCGCCGCCGUUGCUUUGCUCCCCGCAAGCGCCUCCAUAGUCGACCGUCGGCAUGUCGGAUCGCGACAGCAAGUUCUCCGGAUUAACCAUCCAACUGGGGAACUCGUCAUCCUCUUCUUUGCACGGCAUCCGGCAACGCGCCCGUCCCGCGCAUGGCAGACGACAUCGAGCGCAUGCGCUGCACGACGACUCCGAGUCGGAGGAAAACAGCGACGCUGACCAACAAGGCCACGGUCGCCACGAGCAAAUCACGUCUUACGACAUCCACGGCGCGAGCGUAGACGACAAAAACGCACAGCGGCCUGGCAGUUCUUCGCAACAUGAAGAACGGAAGGCGGAGGACGGGCAGGAGGAGGCGCCAUCCACGGCAAAUGGCAAUACAGGGCAGGGGAGGGAUGGUAGUCCAGGUCCUGACCGGGAUAGGGGUACAGCAGACAGCUCCGAGUCUCAAAGUAAGCCAGUCAAGUGGGGCUUAAUCAUCAACAUGAACGGGGCGAGACGCGCCAAGGAGGGCGAGGAUAGGGAGCCGAAGUCGCGUGGAGGUUCAGGAACGCCGGAAGCGAUUGCCAAGACCAUCGACGAUGAGGCGUUGGACGCCCUCAUGGGUGCAAGGACGCUGAAGCGCAAAUACGUGGAUUCCGACGCCGCAGACCGGGACCCGCGGCCGGAGGACUACCGCUCUGUGCCCGUCGAUGACUUUGGCGCGACUCUCCUUCGGCGCUUUGGCUGGGAUGGCAAGAUGAGGGGGAAAGUCAAGGAGGUGACGAGGCGUGCCAACCUCACUGGGCUGGGCGCCAAGGAUGCGAAGGGCGCCGAGGAACUCGGCGCCUGGAAUCAGAAGACGGCCAAGGACUCCCGGCCCGUGCGACUAGAUGACUACCAGAGGGAGGAGAGGAAGAAGCGCCAGAGGAUCGAAGACCGAUACGCUGACAGCUAUAAGCGGGAGCGCGAACGGGAAAGGGAACGAGAGCGGGAACGCGGACGAGACAGAUAGAAAGAACCCUCCACGAUCCUGCGGUCACACGCGAAUCUCACCCCAUCGAUUACCGUUCUUCGGCUUGGAUACCAGCCGUCCCACGAGAGCGCACACGCGUGUAUGCUAUUU